CGGUCGCAAGAGAUGGAGGUUUCACGCUCGUCCACGCCAGAGGCACCUCCGCAAGACUUAUGGUCGUCCAUUCUCGACUCCGUCUCCUCGACACGGGCGAUACCAUCGAAACAAGUGCUUCUGCUAGGCCAGCCGUCAUCGGGAAAGUCGACAUUAGCCUCUGCGCUGCUGCAGAAAUCCGUCGAGGCUGAAGACGGGAAAGAGGAAUUACGCUCAGACUUCGCACUGGGUUAUGACUGGGCUGACAUUAGAGAUGAUGCAGAUGAAGAUACCCUCGCCAGGCUGUCUGUAUACACAGUUCCAUCGGCCGCUACCUCGUAUACAGCCCUCCUCCCUCAUUUCUUACCAUCUCGGACAUCCCUACCCCAUACUUUAGUCAUGAUCGCUCUCGACUGGACGAAACCGUGGACUUUCGUAGAGGAGUUAGAAACGUGGUUAUGCUGGGUUGAGAAAUGGGCAAAGGGGGACGGUUCACGUGAACUAGAAAUAACACGAGAAGAGAAUCGGGAACGGUUACAAUUCCUCCUGCAGCACUAUGCCGAACCCUCCGCUGAUCCUCUGCCGCCGACAACCAACCUAUCAAAUACGAUCCUACCAUUAGGGCCGGGGACAUUGACUCACAAUUCAGCCGGAGUGCCGAUCAUAGUGACUUGUACGAAGGCCGAUCUAAUCGACGACAACUCGGAGCUAGGGGGUGGUGCCUCGGGAAUGGGUGUUAUGGUCAAAGGGAAGGGCGGUGAGUGGGAAGAGCGGACAGAUGGUGUGAUGCAAGUACUCCGCACGAUAUGUCUGAAAUACGGCGCCGCCCUGUUCUAUACCACCCCCCUCCCAGCUACACUUCAAGUCCUCCGGCAGUACACAUUACACAUGUUAUUUACGCCUCCAGCGCCGUCUCCAGGCAUGUCAACCGGCACAGAGGCCCCCGCACCCAUACGAAAUCCUUUCCCCUUCCAACACAAACCUAAUGCUUUGGAUCGUGAUCGCAUAAUUGUCCCAGCAGGGUGGGAUAGCUGGGGCAAGAUUGCUGUGCUAAGGGAGGGCUUUGAUGCUAAGCUAUGGGGUGAAGCCUGGGAGAACGACAUUGAAACGGCUGAAGGGGGGAUGCCAGAGGAUCCCUCUGCCCAGAAGCUGUACAGGACCCUGGUACCGGAUAACAGCACGAAACCCCCACCGCUCCCUCCCCUCAAUAUGCCCACGCCUGAACAGGUUUUCCUGGCGAAGCAUUACGACGAGAACGCGAAGAAACCGGACCGCGAUCCUCGCGGUGCAUUCCGCAAUCCAGCCGAAGCCUCAACAGCGGCUGGUAUCGUUGGUCCUCUGGGAAGCAGCAGCUUCAACUUGCCGAAUGUGGAACGUGCCCUCACGGAUAUGGAAACCGGCAGCGGUGCAGUGGCAACUCAGGCUGGAGGAGAGGUUCCUCGAAAGAUAUCCAGAGCUUCCAGUCGGCCCACAGCCACUCUCGCCACUGGUGGCACGGGCGCCCCGCACGGGCUCGGACGUUCGACGUCGGGGUCGCCAGCUAAUGUAGGAUCGCCCAGUCCUACUGGUCAAACACAGCACGAGGUACUCCAGAACUUCUUCCAGAGUCUUCUGAGCAGCAAAGACCGCCCUGGCGCCGCUGCCGCUGCCUCACGAACUUCGACCGCCAAACCGGCUAACGGUACUAGCCCUGGAGCUGAGACUGAAGAGCCCGCACCACAGUAG